AUGGAUAAAAGUAAGUAUGGAAAUACAGCAAGUAACAUGAACCAAAGCAAAUAAGGAAAUACUCUAAAUGCUGCUAGUACUAUGAAAAAGCCUUCAGUAAUGGGAUAAACUGCAAACGCUUCUAAGAAUCUUAAAAAAACAGAGAAAUCAAGUGAAGAAGAAAUUAUGGCAUUAGAGAUUCAAUAAGUUGAAAUUGCUCGUUUGGCAAAGGUUUUUGAUCAACUUAGAAUGGCAAGUGAAACUUAUGGACAAGGCGGUAAUACCUCAUCCAAAGAUAAUUUUAACAACAGCAAUAACAACAUUAGUAGUGCAUAAAUUAAAGAUAAUAACCAAAGUACUACAAAAGACAAUAAUGCAAAUAAAAAAGAAGGAAGUGAAGGCAAAGAUUACUUCACUGCCAAGGAUGUUGCUAUAAUUCUCCAUGAUCUUGGGUAUGUUGCAACAAAGGCAGAGAUUGAGUAGAUGAUUUGGGAAGUCGAUGAGAAUCUUGAUAAUAAAGUAAAUAGCUAUGAAUUCAAUUUGAUGUACAGAAGAUGUCGUUAUGAUAAAACUGGUUUAGAACCUCGUAAUUUAUAUAAUUUAGUGUAAUUCUUAAUGUAUUUAAAGAGUGACACUAAUGUUAAUUCUUCUUCAGGAGCCAACACAGCAGUUGCUAACAACGAAUAAAGCCACCAAAAGAAAACAAUUACUGUGGAAGAUACUUUAGAACUUCUUUAUGUGCGCUUCGGUCGUUAAAACCUUGACUACGAAAUUGAAGAAAUCUUUGGAAAGGAAGAAAAAAAUGCCUAGGGAGAAGAGAAAUCGAUAACUUUAAAGGAAUUCCUUGAUAAACAACGUAAGCGUGAUUUUGCAGAAAGAAAAAAACUUGAAGCUGAGCGUAAGAAAGUUAAAAUGCCCGAAAAAGAAGAUGAUGGGUAUGGAGGAUAUUGA